AUGACCCACAUACCAAUAACACCAUUACCGGGCACCACAAUACCCACAAAAGCCACUGCCAAGCCGGAGCCUGCUCAUAUACCAAUAGUACAUCUCCACAACACCCCCAAGGCCCCCUAGGUGAGGCGUCAAGGACCACACACACAUCGUACAAUCAUCUACAAGGCACACAGGACAACUUAAGGAUAGAGAGACCUAAGUUCACGCACAAUACACCCAGCCACAAUGCCCUGGACUAGAGAUACAUUAGCGAGUAGUGUGGCACGAACCUGUGUCGACAAGGCAUCCACUAGGAUCCACUUACACGAAAUAAGCGACCAUAGUACACCAAUCAGAGCUGAACAUGCUAUGUAACACCAAGAUAACUACACGUAACUUAUCACCUUAGGGGGACCUAUGGCGACACAACGAUAGAUCAAGCAGGAUUGUUGUAACAUGUAAAAUUAACCUUAUAAAAAACCUGUGCACUGUGUUUUAAUGCCAACUGUUCAUCUAUGUUAUAUGCUUGACUACCUGAGAGAGCUGUUGUGGCAUCUUCAUCACUUGUAAUAAGCAAUUGCACAACAAAAAUAAAGAAUAAUAAAAAAUUUAAAAAACAAGAGAGCUGUUCGCCGUCUCCGCACUGCCUAUGAACGCGCAAAGCAUACCCUGUCAUCAAGCACUCAGGCUAGCAUUGAAAUUGAUUCCCUCUAUGAAGGAAUUGACUUCUACACCUCCAUUACAAGAGCUCUUUUUGAAGAACUUAAUGCAGAUCUGUUCAGAGGAACCUUGGAUCCAGUUCAGAAGUCACUCCGUGAUGCCAAACUCGACAAAUCACAAAUUCAUGAUAUUGUUCUGGUUGGUGGGUCCACUCGUAUUCCUAAAAUUCAGAAGCUGCUUCAGGACUUCUUCAAUGGAAAGGAAAUAAAUAAGAGCAUAAACCCUGAUGAAGCUGUUGCCUAUGGUGCAGCUGUCCAGGCUGCCAUCUUGUCUGGUGACAAGUCAGAAAAUGUCCAGGAUCUUCUCUUGCUUGACGUUACCCCUCUGUCACUGGGUAUUGAGACUGCCGGUGGUGUAAUGACCAUCCUCAUCAAGCGUAAUACAACAAUCCCCACAAAGCAGACACAGACCUUCACCACAUACUCUGACAACCAGCCUGGUGUGCUGAUUCAGGUGUAUGAAGGUGAGAGGGCCAUGACCAAGGAUAACAAUCUGUUGGGUAAAUUUGAGUUAACUGGCAUCCCCCCAGCUCCCAGAGGUGUUCCUCAAAUUGAAGUAACAUUUGAUAUUGACACGAAUGGCAUUCUCAAUGUGUCUGCUGUGGACUAGAGCACGGGCAAGAAAACAAGAUCACAAUUACAAAUGACAAAGGUUGUCUAAGCAAGGAGGACAUUGAGCGUAUGGUCCAAGAAGCUGAGAAAUACAAGGCUGAAGAUGAGAAGCAGAGAGACAAAGUUUCUUCUAAGAACUCCUUGGAGUCCUAUGCUUUCAAUAUGAAAGCAACUGUGGAAGAUGAGAAGCUUAAAGGAAAGAUCAGUGAUGAGGACAAACAGAAGAUCAUGGAUAAAUGCAAUGAGAUAAUCUCCUGGCUAGACAAGAAUCAGACUGCUGAAAAGGAAGAGUUUGAACAUCAGCAGAAGAAACUGGAGAAGGUUUGCAACCCUAUUAUCACCAAACUGUACCAGGGUGCAGGUGGCAUGCCUGGAGGAAUGCCUGGUGGUAUGCCAGGAGGCUUCCCAGGUGCUGGUGAACACACCGGUGGAUCAUCUGGACCCACUAUUGAAGAGGUGGACUAA